GGUCGUGUUCUCUCGUAAACAAAUCAUUCGCGUUUUGAUUUCACAGAGAACGGUGGUGGAGUUCGUAAAAUAUUUCAGCACGUACAGUUCAAGAUGGAAUCGCUAAUUGAACAACAAUUAUUACAAGCGGCCCAGGUCGUUGAACAGCAAGUAGAUGCGGAGAUAAAUCGUCUUGAAUCAAUGGACGAAGAUGAACUUGAAAAAAUAAGAGAACGUCGAGUACAAGCGAUGAAAAAAGCUCAAGUCCAGAAACAGGAAUGGAUUAGUAAAGGCCAUGGUAUGUACAGUGAACUUUCAUCUGAAAAAGAAUUUUUUGACAUUUGCAAAGAGAGCAAGCAUGUUGUGUGCCACUUCUAUAAGAACUCUUCAUUUAGAUGCAAGAUUCUGGACAGCCAUUUGUCAACAUUGGCUCAACAACACUGUGAGACAAAGUUCAUCAAACUAGAUGUUGAAAAAGCUCCUUUUCUCACUGAGAGACUUGGAAUAAGAAUUAUUCCAACUAUGGCUAUGGUGAAGGACUCAAAAACUCAGGGGUACAUAGUCGGUUUCACAGAUCUGGGGAAUUGCGAUGACUUUUCUACAGAGAUGCUGGAGUGGAGGUUAGGGUGUAGUGAGAUGGUCAGAUACAAGGGAGACUUGGCAACUCCUCCAGACAACAGGAAAGCAUCUUCAUCCAGGCCAUUGACAGAGAAGCCGAAAAAAACCAUCAGGGGACGUGAAGAAGAUAGUGAGGAUUCAGAUUAUGAGUCCUAACAUAUCUAAUGUAAUUAACCAAAGCUUGGUGAGUUUCUGUACCUUAUGGUUAAGCCACCACACCAGCUAACCAUUGAUAUAUUGUUCUGUCACUUCUGUGUUUAGCUGUUGGACAUUAAUAUACAUUUGUUGUAUUUUA